AUGGCAGAUAUAGCAGCACACUGGAAAAUUCUGAGCGGAGAAAACAAUUGGGAAGGUCUUCUAAAACCAAUCGAUGAUAAUCUCCGGCGGUAUCUUAUUCACUACGGCGAACUUACUAGAGCUCUGUCGGAUUCUUUCAACGAUGUCAAGGCAUCCAAUGCAUACGGUCUUUGCCGAUAUCCGCCAAAAGAAUUAUUUGGUCGUGUCGGUCUGCAAUUUGGGAAUCCGUUCAAGUACCAGGUGAGUGACUACAUAUAUGCGAGAACGGAAAUUAAAAUCGAUGAUUACAUACACCCUGGAAUGUGUACAUAUAUUGGGUUUGUUGCUGUGAGUAGUGACGAAGGGAAGCGUGUUUUAGGGAGACGAGAUAUUGUGGUUUGCUGGAGAGGAACAACUUCAUUAACUGAACUGCUGGAAGAUUUUGAGGUUUCUCAAGUCUCGGCUGCUGAUAUUUUUCCGAAUUCGAAAGCUAAGGUUCACCAUGGAUUUCAUAGUAUCUACACAACCAACGAUCAGAAAUCAAAAUACACCAAGGCUAGUGCAAGAGAGCAGGCUCUAGCAGCCGUAAGGAGACUUGUGGACAAGUACUACGAAGCUGAUCCCAACGAGGUAAUGAGCAUCACAGUAGUAGGACACAGCUUGGGCGGAUCUCUAGCAACCUUGAACGCAAUGGACAUCGCCGCUAAUAAAUAUAACAAGCCAACUAAAGCAAACACUGAACUUCCCGUUACGGCAUUUGUCUUUGCCGCUCUCCGUGUCGGAAACGAAGCUUUUCUAGAAAUAUUCUCUGGAUUGACAAAACUUCAUCUUUUAGGCGUGAAAAACGCAUUUGAUAUCGUUCCUGAAUUUCCCCCGAAGUACACAAUUUUCCACCGCUACGAAGAUGUUGGCAUUCAGCUCAAGAUCGACACGAAAGGCUCACCGUUUAUCAAAGUAUCUCACACAUAUAUUAAUAAGCAUUUGCAUGCUCAUGAUUUCAAUCUCUAUCUGCAUGGAAUUGCAGGUUAUCAAGGGAAGGGUAAAGCUUUUAAGUUGGUGGUUAAUCUUGAUAUAUCACUUCUUAAUAAAUAUACUGAUAUUUUACUGAAUGUUCAUAAUGUGCCACCUAAAUGGUGGAGUAAUGUUAUGAAUAAAGGUAUGGUUCAAAGGGACGAUGGAUCUUGGAAGCUUCAGGAUUAUUUUCCUGAUCCUCCAAGAUAUGAGGUUUCUAAGAAUGUCUCUGGUCAGUAA